GUUGUCCAGUCAGGAGUCACAAGCAGCUCAGACUUUGACCUGAGAUCCAACCAGGUACCGAUCCGCGGACAGCUGUAGUUCCCAGGUGUGUUCCGACCUACUUCUUCACCUUUCUGCUCACCUGUCAGAGAGACAUGCUGCGCGCGAGGGCGGCUGUGAGCCUGUCAUGGAGGGGGUUGAAGACGCUCCCCUUUGCAGGCGUGGAGGUGAAGAACGAACCCAUCCUCAGCUUCAUAGAGGGGAGUGAAGAGAGAGAGCAGCUGCUGAGGACGCUGGCCGACCUGAAGGGGAAGACGGAAGAGAUCCCGUGUGUCGUGGGAGAUGAACACGUAUGGACCAAAGACAUCAGAUACCAGCUUUCUCCCUUCAAUCACUCACAUAAAGUGGCAAAGUUCUGCUAUGCUGAUAAGGAUCUGAUCAAUAGAGCCAUCGUGGCGUCGGUGGCGGCGCGGAGGGAGUGGGACCUGAAGCCCGUCCAGGACCGAGCGGAGGUUCUGUUCAGAGCUGCAGACGCUCUGAGUGGACCUUACAGAGCAGAGGUCCUCGCUAAGACCAUGAUGGGACAGGGGAAGACGGUGGUUCAGGCUGAGAUCGAUGCGGCUGCGGAGCUGAUCGACUUCUUCCGGUUUAACGCCAAACACGCUGUGGAUCUGCAGCAUCAGCAGCCGCUGGACGCUGAUGGGAGCACCAACACCAUGCUGUACCGAGGCCUGGAGGGGUUCGUAGCAGCCGUGUCUCCAUUCAACUUCACGGCCAUCGGAGGAAACCUGGCAGGAACGCCGGCCGUCAUGGGUAACGUGGUGCUGUGGAAGCCCAGUGACACGGCGAUGUCAGCGAGCUACCUGGUGUACCGGGUGCUGAGGGAGAGCGGCCUCCCCCCCAACAUCGUGCAGUUCCUCCCCGCCGACGGGCCCGUGUUCGGGGACGCCGUCACCGCCUCAGAACACCUCGCCGCCGUCAACUUCACCGGCAGCGUCCCGACGUUCAAGCGCCUCUGGAAGCAGGUCGCUCAGAACCUGGACAGCUACAGGAACUUCCCCCGCCUGGCAGGAGAGUGCGGCGGGAAGAACUUCCACUUCGUGCACGCCUCGGCGGAUGUUGAGAGCGUGGUGAAGGGGACGAUCCGCUCAGCGUUCGAGUACGGAGGGCAGAAGUGCUCGGCCUGCUCCAGGAUGUACGUCCCCGACAGCAUAUGGCCUCAGAUCAGAGACCAGCUGCUGGACAUCAUCCGGCAGCUCAAAGUGGGAGACCCGGUUGAAGACUUCAGCACCUUCUUCUCAGCUGUGAUCGACGACAAGUCGUUUGCUCGGAUAAAGAAGUGGCUGGAUCACGCCAAGUCCUCCCCCAAUCUGAAGGUCAUCGCUGGGGGAAACUAUGACGACAGCAAGGGGUACUUCGUGGAGCCGACCAUCAUCCAGACCUCCGACCCGAAGGACGCCAUCAUGAGCGAGGAGGUCUUCGGUCCGGUUCUCUCGGUGUACGUUUACCCCGAGAAGGAUUACAGAGAGGUUCUUCAGCUGAUCGACAGCACGUCUCCCUUCGCUCUGACGGGCGCCGUGUUCGCUCAGGACAAGCAGGUGAUCGAGGAGGCCUCUGCAGUGUUGAGGAACGCUGCAGGAAACUACUACGUGAACGAUAAGUCGACCGGAUCUGUUGUCGCUCAGCAACCGUUCGGAGGAGCCCGGGCCUCAGGUACGAAUGAUAAGCCGGGGGGGCCGCACUACGUCCUGCGCUGGACGUCUCCUCAGGUGGUGAAGCAGACUCACGUCCCCCUCACAGAGUGGAAGUACCCCUACAUGAACUGACCAAUCACAGCCCAGCAUCUGACCAGCUGACCAAUCACAGCCCAGCAUCUGACCAAUCACAACCCUGGAUUAGACAUUACAUUACAUGUCACUUGUUAGACGCUUUUAUCCAAAGCGACUUACAUACUGAAUACUGUGGACAAUCCCCACAGGAGCACUUUGGGGUGAAGAGUCUCAGGGACACAACGACAUGCUGACUGCAGUGGGGUUUGAACCUGUGCUCCCCUGAUUCAAAGUGCAGCGCACUAAGUUCAGCGCCCUAUCCCACUGAGCCACAGCCUUCCCAGUCGACUAAUCACAGCCCUGCAUCAGAUCAGCUGACCUAUCAUAACCUAGCAUCAGACCCAGGAAAAUGGAGCGCUCCCUGUAUCUCUUCUUCUGCAGUCUGAUUCCCAACUUAUGUUUAAAAUAUAAUUAGAGCUCAAUUAUGACGAAUAACAGCAAUAAAAUAACAUUUGAGUGUUUUUAAAUUCAAAAUGCACUGAUUCCAGCUCCUGGAUGUUUCCUCCUGAUGAUAAACUGGAUAUUGUUGUGUCUGGAUGUGAUUAAUCUACAAUGAAAGUCAUCAUUAACACUGGAACGAGUUCCUGUAUGUUACGUCUCUAAACGCAAAGACACUGUCGUCAAUGCGCGUUAGGUUUUCAGAUAUUCUAAUAAUUCAAUCACUUUUAUAGAUCUGUGAGGAAGAGUUUCCUCUUGUUUGAGUUUGUGUCGCAGUGAAAUAUGUCCCCUGAUUUGUGUCGCAGUGAACUGUGUCACCAGUUUCACUUCAACAGAAAUAAAAUGUGUCUCAUGUUGACCCGUCAUUAUUUUUUCAAGGAGGGGUAUUUUCUUCCGUCCUCAAACGAAAAGCAGCUGAUUCACUUUAUCUUCAGAACGUGCCUCUGUAAAUUCAGAUAGUUAAUUUUGACAAUAAAUAUUAAAUUAUUAA